AUGUUGAUGCUAGUAACAUUAUUGCUACUACCCUGCAGCAGCGCUAAGCUCAGCAAUUCUGUUUUCGACUUCCUUCGUGAGACUGAGCCUACACCGAUCGUGAUAUGGCAUGGGAUGGGCGACAGCUGCUGUAGCCAGUUCAGUAUGGGAAGGAUAAUCAAAAUCCUUCAAGAGUACAUACCUGGAGUUUACGUGCACUCAAUCAGGAUUGGUAAAAAUUACCUUCAGGACGUGGAGAGUAGCUAUUUUGGUAAUGUUAAUAAUCAAAUCGAAGAAGUUUGUGAAGUGAUCAAGAAUGACGAGAAGUUGAAGAACGGGUACCAUGCUAUUGGCUUCUCGCAGGGAGGACAAUUUUUGAGAGGCCUCGCGCAGAGGUGCCCAUCACCUCCCAUGAAGAACCUCGUUUCCAUGGGAGGUCAGCAACAAGGAGUCUAUGGUCUGCCUUACUGCCCAGGACAAAAAAGUUUCUGUGACUCUGUCCGAAAAUUGCUUGAUUUCGGUGCUUACGUCGGGUUUGUCCAAAGAAAUUCCAUUCAAGCUCAGUACUGGCAUGACCCGUAUGCAGAAGAAACCUAUAAGGAAAAAAGUAUUUUUUUAGCAGAUAUAAAUAAUGAAAAGGUUUACAAUGAGACAUAUAAAAAAAAUCUGGAAAGACUGCAGAAGCUUGUUCUAGUAAAAUUUCUGGAUGAUACAGUUGUUGUUCCAAAGGAAACCGAGUGGUUCGGAUAUUUCAAAGAGGGCGAUCCAACAAGGCUUCUAACAAUGGAGGAAACCAGGAUCUAUCUGGAAGACAGAAUUGGCUUGAAGACGUUAAAUGAGAGUGGCAGAUUACACCUCAUUGCUUACAGGGGAAAUCACAUGGCAAUAACAGAAUCAACAUUUGUCAACGAUAUUCUGGAAAAAUACUUACGAUGA